GGAACCUUAAAAAAAUCUUGCUGCAGUUUGGGAUGUGGGGCUGCACGUGCAACUCCCUUGGUCCGGACUGCAUGCUCGAGAUGCAGGGAUCUCUUGGGGUUCUUUUGGGGGAGGAAUGUGGGGACUGCAUCCAUCACGUUUGGGGUUGGGAUUUGGGGCUCCUCACAUUGCCCUCAGGGUCAGGACGCAGGGACUGCGUGCAUCCUGCUCGGAGUGGGGAUAUGGGACCCUCGCGUGGAACUCAGGGGCAGGACAGGGGGACAUUCACAUUGCACUUGGGAUCAGGACAUUGGGACUGUGGUGUCAGGGUUGGAACACGGGGACCUUUGUCUUGGGGUCGGGGUCAGGCUGUGGGGAGCUCUCAUGGCACCUGGGGUCACAGAGGGAGAGGCCACAGGGGGCUGGGACACGGAGACCCUUGUGUUGGGUCUGGGAUGCAGGAUCUUCACGUUGGGAUUGUGGUCAGGACUUCGGGACCCCUUCGUUUGGGCCGGUAUGGGAGAACCCUUGUGACGGGGACAGGACCUGGGGACAUCUGCAUUGGCGUCAGGACUUGGGGAGCUCCGUGAAGGGACUGGAAACAGGGGACGGUGGGGGCAGGUUGUGUCUGUCCCCUCCCUCCUCGCAGGGACGGUGACCAGGGACCACGUCCAGGCUCCCACCGAGUGCUCCAGCAUCACCGCCCCGGGGGGCUCCGGAUAAUUCACAUGUGGCACCGAAGCUGCUUAACCCCAUCCUGAUCCAGCCUUCACCCCCAAAACCCCACUGCCAUGAAGAAGAAGUCGUCCAACGGGCGGGGGCUGGACCCUGCGGCCCCCCAACAGCGAGCCCGGGGUGUCACCAAACCAGCAGAGUACGUGGGUUCUUUCGUGGUGGAGGAGCUGGACCUGCAGCAGCAGGGGGGGCGGCUGGAGGAGCAGCUGCAGGCACUGAAGGACUGUCCCAGGAGGAGGUUGGUGGUGCUGAGGUUCAGUUUGCAGGGUUUGAAGGUCUACGGCGCUGACGGGGAGACCCUGCUGAUGGCCCACGCUCUCCGCCGGAUCCUGUACAGCACGUGCUGCCUCGCCGACCGCCAGUUCGCCUUCGUGGCCCGCAACCCCCACAGCCCCCCCAGCACCCUCUUCUGCCACCUCUUCGUGGGGCUCCCGGGAGAGGUCCAGACCCUGCACCUCCUGCUCUGCCGCUGCUUCCAGCUCUGCCACCUCCUGGCGCAUCCCGAGGAGCAGGCGGGCGAGGGGGAGCCCCCGGGGCCGGGGGUGCUGCGGGAGCCCCUCAACCCCGACGAGGUGUCUCGCAACGUCAACGCCCUGGUGUCGUUCCGGCGCCUGCCCGCGCCCGCCGGCCUCGGCUCGCUGGGCACAGGGGACCGGCGGCCGGAGGCGGAGGGCAGAGCCGGCUCCUGGCGCCCGGGGAACCCCUACUGCUCCCCGGUGCUGGUGCGCAAGAAAGCCAUUCGCAGCAAAGUGCUGCGCUCGGGGGCCUACAGGGACUGCGGGGCCGAGGGGCAGCUCCACCAGCCGCCCCGCGACGCCGCGGCGGCGGGAUGGGAGAGCAAAGGCGCGCGGAGCUUGGCCCUCCUGCCCGAGAACGAGAGCGUCCUCGCCGAGAGCGUGUGGGCCUUCGCCGGCAUCGCCAGGGACGCGGGGGUCGCGCUGCUGCGGCGGGACGUGCCCGGAGCGUUCCUGCUGCGCCCCGAGCCCGGGCUGCCCAAGCGCUGGUGCCUGUGGGUGCGGGCGCCCUGCGGCGUCGUGUCCUACGGCCUCCUCAGGACACACCAGGGCAGGUUCUGCGUGGAGCACUCCAACGCCGAGUUCGCCAGCGUGGCCGCCCUCCUGGCCCACUACUCGGGGGCGCCGGGGGGCUGCUUCUGCCGCCUGGCCCCCGGCCACCGCAACCCCGGCUACGAGGAGCGGGACCCCGGCGGCGGGGCCGGCGCCUGCGGGGGGGAGUCCGCCUGGGCCCCCUCUGCCCCCAUCGGGGUGCAGCACGAGCGGGGGUAGGCCCGGCCCCCCCUCCCCGUGCACGGCUGUCCCCCGGCCCCCUCGAGCUUUAACUGGCUGCCAUCUGCCUUAUCCAUCCCUGC